AUGCUUAUCUCUAAGCAGAACAGAAAAGUCAUCUACGAGGCUCUCUUCAAGGACGGUGCUUUGGUUGCCGCCAAGGACUUCAACGCCCCCAAGCACUCUGAGCUUGAGGUUCCCAACCUUGAGGUCAUCAAGGCCAUGCAGUCCUUGACCUCCAAGGGUCUCGUCAAGACCCAGUUCUCGUGGCAGUUCUACUACUAUACUCUCACUGACGAGGGUAUCAACUACCUCCGCGAGUACCUCCACUUGCCCCAGGAGAUCGUCCCCGCCACCAUGAAGAAGGCUGCCCGUCCCGCUGCUCCUCGUCGUGCCUUUGGCGAAGGUCGUGAGGGUGCCCGUGGCCCCCGUGGUGACCGUGAUGACUACAGACGCAAGGAGGGUGCCUCUGGUGACUUCAAGCCCGAGUUCCGUGGUGGCAUGGGUAAGUUUCUUUAA